AUGAAUGUGAUAACACCACGAAAUCACGAGGAACUCGCUGCAUCUCACGCACUCGCCUCACUGUCGGCACCUUACCAAGGUAAUAGGCAACAGCCUCUGCCUGAGCACUUAUCCGAAACGGUGGCUGAACAAGGAAGUGCGGUGCCUGAAUCCCAACAAGAAUCCGCAGAGUCCGUACCGAGAGCGGACAGACAGGAAGACGAUGGAGCUGUUUUCCUGGGCGAAUCUACGUCUUUGAGGUACGUUACCGAGGAAUCCGCACCCUCACUUGAAGCAUACAAGCGUCCACGCUUGCGACAUUCGGUUCCUAGCGGCGCUCGUGCGGACUCGCUCAUCCCUCAGUGGGAAUCAGAGCGGAGACGCAUCAGAAUGAAGACUCUUCAUGAAGAUGGCGCAUUCACAUUCCCAUCGGCUUCAGUGCGGGAGAAGCUCCUGAAAGCCUACUUCCGCUGGUUCCACCCGCACUUUCCGGUUGUAGAUGAGCCAGAGAUUUGGGCGUCGUACACAAGUGGCAGCUUGUCCCCUCUAUUGCUUCAAGCAAUGCUUUUCAUCGGCGUAAUACACUGCGAAGAGUCCACUAUCGACGAACUUGGAUGGGGCAACCGACAUCGAGCAAAGUAUCAGCUCUAUUCCCGAGCCAAGGACAUCUACGAUGCAGAGUAUGAAACAAAGAAGUUCAUAGUCAUACAAGCUCUGUUUUUGAUGAGCUUCUGGAGAGCUGGCGCGUUGCUGGAAAAGGACGUCAGGCACUGGCUCGGCGCUGUGAUUAGUCUGGCUCAGACUAAGGCGUUUCACCGUUCGGCUCCAGAAAGCGAAAAUCACCUGGCGAAAGUUCGCAGGCGUCUUUGGUGGGCAAUUUACGUCCGUGAACGCCAAUGCAGUUCUGCUCUCGGGCUACCAAAUCGUAUACGAGACGAUGAUUGCGAUGUCGAGAUGCUUUCUGAAGCAGACUUCGAGACGGCUUUUGACACCUCUACGUCCGCAAACAGCAUCAGCAGAUAUAUGGCUUAUACAAUCGGUAUGACGCAGCUCGCAAUCCUGCUCGGGAAGGUAGUAGAUGCAGGGUACUUGCCCAAUCGAACACUAUCAGCAGCUGAUAGAGGCACGAUUCGAGAAGAUCUAGAGGUAUGGAAGCAGCAGUUAAGCGCGUCCAUGCAGCUAUCAAGCGAUACACACUCCAGCUUCCAGGCUAGCAUGCUUCACCUAGCAUAUAACAAUCUACACAUUCUUCUUCAUCGGUCCGCAUUCAUUGCGGAGGAGGACUCAGAUCUCGAUGCUGCAAAUUUCGCUGUUCAUGCAGCGGCUCGCAGUUCACGGAUUGUAGAGGACAUGCUAUCCGAAGGAACUAUGGGACAUGCGCAGAUACACGUCAUUACAAACCUGUUCAACACACUUUGUAUUCACGUUGCGCAUUUGCGUAGGUCUUCUGGUAUCACGCAGACUAUCGCAGAGCACCGGGCGAAACUCUGUCUGCUUGGCUUGCAAGAGCUACAGCGGACGUGGGAGGUGACAAACUGGGUGCUGCAUCUUUUCUUCCGAUACCUCGAUCGCACUACAGCGGCACGCCUUGCGAUGGAAGCCGACGACGUGGGGAUCCUGAGCGCAACUUCGAAAGCUCAAAAGGUCAAUGCAAUCACUGAGAGCACUGGACCUUCUGGCGCAGAGCCUCAAGCACCGGAAGCCAGCCUAUCAGCUAUGCCGAAUACGCUGCCACUAGGCGGAGAUGUCGACAAUGCAGUCACACCUUGGUCUUGGACAACGGACGAGGCGAACCAAUAUUUGUUCUCGCAAAUUGAGAGCGACUUCGCAUUCGGUGAGGGUGGCAUGUUAGACUGGAGCCCGGAAGCGGUAUCUCAUUUAGCAGGGUUUGAUCAGUUCAGUUGA